AUGGCGCAUUUGAUCUCGAAAUCAAGAAGACUCCUUGAGAAAAGGAUUCUUUUCUCUGCAAUUCUUGAUGGAAGGAGCAAAGUGUCGUCGGUUUUUCAGUCGAGGAUGAUUCCGGCGGCGGGAUUUUGUGGUGGAAAAUUAGAAGCCGGCGACACCAUUUUGGUUGGUCCAAGAGGUGGCCGUUUCAAGUCCAUAAAAUCAGGCGAACAAGUCCAGUUCUUCCCUUCCUCUUCCUCCUCCGAUGAAGAUGAUCAUCAUGAUGAUGACAUCACCGAGGGUCUAGAUUUUCCGGGUGGAAGAGUUACAUUUACACCUCAGAAAAGUUUCAUCUCUGAGUCAUCUGCAAAAAGGGUACCAUGCUAUCGUGUCCUUGAUGAUGAUGGAUACAUUAUCCGAGGCAGCGAAAUUGAGCAGGUGAGCAAAGAAGUUGCAGUGAAAAUGUACACGGGAAUGGUUACCAUUCAAACAAUGGACAACAUAUUUUAUGAAGCACAGAGACAGGGAAGAAUAAGCUUCUAUCUUACUUCCAGUGGUGAAGAGGCCAUUGGUAUCGCAUCAGCAGCAGCGCUAAUGCCUGAUGAUGUUGUGUUACCACAGUAUCGAGAACCUGGAGUUCUACUAUGGCGCGGAUUCACCUUGCAAGAAUUUGCCAACCAGUGCUUUGGGAAUAAACAAGACUAUGGAAAAGGCAGACAAAUGCCAAUACAUUAUGGCUCUAAAAAGCACAAUUACAUGACCAUAUCAUCACCAAUAGCAACACAGCUACCUCAGGCAGCUGGAGCAGCUUAUUCCCUGAAGAUGGACAAGAAAGAGGCUUGUGUUGUCGCUUACACUGGAGAUGGUGGAACUAGUGAGGGGGAUUUUCAUGCUGCUUUGAACUUUGCAGCAGUUAUGGAAGUUCCAGUAGUCUUCAUAUGCCGAAACAAUGGAUGGGCUAUCAGCACUCCUACAACAGAACAAUUCAGAAGUGAUGGCAUCGUGGUCAGAGGUCAAGCAUAUGGCAUUAGAAGUAUACGCGUGGAUGGAAAUGACGCUUUAGCGGUUUACGGUGCCAUAAGUACAGCAAGGAAAAUGGCGAUUAGCGAGAAAAAACCAAUAUUAGUGGAGGCUCUAACAUAUCGAGUUGGACAUCAUUCAACAUCUGAUGAUUCAACCAAAUAUCGAACAGUGAAUGAAAUUGAGCAUUGGAAAACAGCUAGGAGCCCCAUUGCAAGAUAUAGAAAAUGGGUACAGAGAAAUGGCUGGUGGAGUGAUGAAGCCGAAUCCCAACUCCGCGGAGACAUCAGGAAACAGGUGUUACAAGCAAUUCAGUUAGCAGACAGAACAGAGAAACCUCCGCUAGAACAGCUAUUUACUGAUGUUUACGAGGAUUUCCCGUCUAACCUUCGAGAACAAGAGAAAUCACUGAGAGAAACAAUCAGGAGACAUCCUCAGGAUUACCCUCCUGAUGUUCCAGUCUAG